UGUUGGAUCCAACUUGUAUUCAUAACUUUUCUGCAGCUUGAGUGUCAACACUGCUCUCUGACUGAUCAUGGACAGCAACGAGGUCAGCCCGAGAAAAGCCUGCAACAAUGGAACAAACAUUACAAACAACAAAGACCUGAGGAUCGUGAUGGUGGGGAAGACUGGGAUUGGGAAGAGCGCUACUGGAAACACCAUUCUGGGUCGACCGUGCUUUGAAUCCAAAUGCAGCCCUACUUCCAUGACUGUUGACUGCUCAAAAGGCUCCAGUAAUAUUGAUGGACAGCAGGUUGCUGUCAUUGAUACUCCAGGUCUGUUUGACACCAGGUUUGGGGAAGAUAAAACCAGAAAAGAUCUUGGUCAGUGCAUCUGGUACGCUUCUCCUGGACCCCACAUCUUCCUGGUGGUCGUUGCAAUCGGCAGAUUCACAGAAGAAGAAAAACAAUCAGUGGAAAAGAUUCAAGAAAUCUUUGGAGAGGCAGCAGAGAGAUACAGCAUGGUUCUGUUUACCCGUGGAGAUGACCUUGAUGAUACCACCAUUGAAGAUUAUUUGUCUAAAAGCCCAGAACUCCAGUAUCUGGUGUCCAGAUGUAAUAACCAGUAUCAAGUCUUCAACAAUCGGCUGAAAGAUAAGAAACCUCAGGUCACUGAGCUGCUGAAGAAGAUCAGAACCAUUGUUGACAGGAAUGGAGGAAGUCACUACACCAAUGAGAUGUUCCAAGAGGCUGAGAGGAAAAUCGAAGAGGAUAAGCAACGAAUCCUGAAGGAGAAAGAAGAGAAAAUACGUAAAGAGAAAGAAGAACUGGAGAGAAAAAUACAAGAGAAAUAUGAGAAAAAGAUACAGGAAAUGAAGGAAGAAUUCAAGGGUCAGAUGGAGGAGAUUGAAACCAUGAAAAAGCAACUAAAGGAAGAGCAGGAGAGAGAAAUUCAAAAGGAAAAAUCUAGGGUGCAGGCAGAGUAUGAAUCCAGAGCCAGAGGUGAAGCUGAACAAUUUGAUCCUCUCUAUCAUCUGGGAAAAGCUGUGGAACACAUUGUCAAGGCUUGUGAAAUAAUGUGAGUUUAGAUGUUGUCUCCUAGCAGCUGUUACAGAGGAUAAAGCAGAACUAAUAAGCAUUUUUUCUUUAUUGUCUUGAUAAUAAUUAUAUAUAAUAAUAAUUAAAGCUCCAGGUAGUGAUGUAAUCCAGCUGUGACCUCUGUAUCUCACACUGUUUUAAAAAUAUUUCUGCUGAUGUUUAGAUGCUAAAAUUGUUUGCAUGUGAAUUUUAGUCAUUACUGGUAUUAGUGUCUGGUUUUUAUCUCUUAAUGUAUUAAUUUUAUUUUCAGGAAUCAAAUCUAUGACUAACAUGUAAUCACAAAAAUUGUGCUUCUUAUAUCCAUUCUUUCUAUUUACAUUUCUUGUAAUUGUUUAAAUUUAAAUAUCUUUUCUUUUAUCAUUGUUUAAAUCUUAUCAAUGGCUUGUUCGCUCUGUUGUUUAAUCCUGUGCAGAGCUGAAUGAAAUGUGACACGUAAACCUUUAUCUAAUCAAUAAAUUCAGUUUAAUUAUAGGAAAAUA